AUGCUCAUCCGUGUCCGCUCGAAGAAUGGUACAUGGCGCGUGGGGGACUUGACGCCAGCAUCCACCAUCGCGGACAUUAAGCGCUGGAUCUUCGACCAGCAUUCGAUCGCUCCAGCGCAGCAGCAGCUUGCACUGGACCAACAGGGCGCUCAGCAGACCACAGACGCACAGACUCUGCGCGAGUUGCGUGUUGGCCAUGGUGACAUGCUGUUCCUAGACUACGACGGCGAGACGGUGUCCACGGGCGGCACCGUGGGCACCAAGAUCAAUGCGGAUGGUACACUCACGCGCGUAGCGUAUCACGACCGCGCCGACAAGCAGGCAUUCCGUCCAGGCAUGAAGUCCCUGCGAGACAUGAAGAUGUACUGGACACUGGGCGAGUUCAUGCGUAUGGACGCCCAGUUCGAGUUCAAAAUCAGCGCGCAGAAGGAGCCACAUGUGGCAAAGGUGCAUCUGGAUGGCGCGAGCUGCAACGACUUCCAAGCGUAUCUGCGUCAGUUCGCCUUCCAGCAGUCGCGCUGCGGUUGGCUCUACGGCUCUGUGGAUUCCGAGACUAAGGAAGUGACGGUGGACUUUAUCUAUGAGCCUCCGCAAGAGGGCAACCCGUACGGCUUUGAGGUGCUGGACGACCCCAACGCAGACAAAGUGGACGCUGUGGCAGAAGCACUGGGCUAUGAGAAGGUGGGCUGGGUGUUCUCGCACCCACCUCGCGAAGACGAAGACUUCCACUUUUCGGCAAGAGAGAUCCUGCUGGCGGCUCAGCUGCAGGCUGAUGCAGGCGGCAAGGGCUCGCUAUUCCUUACGCUCAAGGUGACGCUAGAUAAAGAGGGCCAGGCGUCGUUUGAGGCCUUCCAAGUCAGCGACCAGUGCGUUGAGAUGUUCGCGGCUGGCGCACUGAUGGAGACCGAACAGAACCCCAAGGCCUGUGCAGUCAGCGACACAUUCACGGCUCUUGUGGAGGCCAAGCCGGCGACUGAGGUGGACAACAACUUCUUCCUGUGCGUGGUUCCCGUCGUGCCGCACGAGUCGCCGCUACGCUGCGAAUUUCCCAAACUCAAUCGUGAGGGUGCCUACCGCAACCGCGCGGCGCUCAAGACUCAGCUGCAAAAGUAUCGCGACGAGCCGUACGCCAAGCGCAUCAGCGACUUCCAGCUUUUGGUGUUUCUAUCAGAUUUUCUUGACGUGCAGACCGACAUCCCGGCCAUCUGCCAGGCCGUACGCGAUCCCAACACCCCGCUGGACUCAGGCUAUCCGAUUCUCAUCGACUCGGUCGCUGGCAGCCAGUGA